AUGGGGGAUCUCGGUGGCCGCAAGACCUUCAAGGUCUUCAACCAAGACUUCAUCGUGGAUGAAAGAUACACAGUUACAAAGGAGCUAGGGCAAGGUGCAUACGGCAUUGUUUGCGCCGCCACAAACGGUCAGACCGGGGAGGGCGUUGCCAUCAAGAAGGUCACCAAUGUCUUCAGCAAGAAGAUCUUGGCCAAGCGCGCCCUGCGAGAGAUCAAACUGCUUCAACAUUUCCGAGGCCAUCGCAAUAUCACCUGCCUCUACGACAUGGAUAUUCCUCGGCCUGAGAACUUCAAUGAAACCUAUCUCUACGAGGAACUCAUGGAAUGCGACUUGGCUGCCAUUAUCCGUUCCGGUCAACCAUUGACGGAUGCUCAUUUCCAGUCCUUCAUCUAUCAGAUCCUGUGCGGCUUGAAGUACAUUCACUCAGCUAACGUCUUGCACCGAGAUCUCAAACCUGGUAAUCUCCUCGUGAAUGCCGACUGCGAACUGAAAAUCUGUGAUUUCGGUCUAGCUCGUGGCUUCUCGAUGGACCCAGAGGAGAAUGCUGGCUAUAUGACUGAAUACGUUGCUACCCGAUGGUACCGUGCCCCAGAGAUCAUGUUGAGCUUCCAGAGCUACACAAAAGCCAUCGAUGUCUGGUCUGUAGGCUGCAUCUUGGCCGAGCUGCUGGGUGGUCGGCCCUUCUUCAAGGGUCGCGACUACGUCGAUCAGCUCAACCAGAUUCUACACUACCUGGGCACGCCAGUCGAGGAGACUCUGUCGAGAAUCGGCUCACCUCGUGCACAGGAAUAUGUCCGGAAUCUCCCAUUCAUGCCCAAGGUGCCGUUCCAGCGUCUUUUCCCUCAAGCAAACCCGGAUGCGCUUGACCUUCUAGACCGGAUGCUGGCAUUCGAUCCUUCGUCUCGUGUCUCGGUUGAGGAGGCGCUUGAGCACAGGUACCUUCACAUCUGGCACGAUGCAUCAGAUGAGCCCGCCUGCCCCAAAACAUUCGAUUUCGCCUUUGAAGUGGUGGAAGAUGUGCAGGAGAUGCGCAAGAUGAUCCUGGACGAAGUCACCCGCUUCCGCCAGCAUGUUCGCCAAGCUCCAGGCUCGCAAGCCUCUCCGGCAGGUGCAUCUCAAAACGUACCCAUUCCUUCCAAUCCCCAACAGUACAGCAGACAGCCAGAGGACCCGAGGCCCCAGGAGGCAUCCAAUUUUGGCAACGAUCUGGAGCACGAACUCCAAGCUGGCUCGGACAUGAUGUCGCGAUGA